AUGCCAUCCCUUCCCAAACUAAAAAAGACCAAGAAAGAAAAAGAGCCAAAAGAGCUCUCCAAUCCAGAAAAAAUCUUGCACGAUUCCAUCACCGAGGCCGAUGUCAGCGACGACUUUUUCUUUACGACACGUAGAGUCCGGUUUUCCGCCAGUGUGAGACAAUGCACUGUCAUAUGCCUCGAAGACUACAGCGAAGCCGAACGAAAAUUGACCUGGUACGACAAGGACGACAAGGCGGAAAUCAACAAAAAGCACGAUAAAAUGGUCCGCCGAUAUGAAGCGGGCAAACGGUGCAAGCGAGGAAUGACGUACCGCGGAUUGGACGCUUGGACUGAUAAGGGUCAUGAUAAGUUUGAAGCCACCGUUAGCAAGCUGUUGUCUGCCGUAAUGGACGAACAGGAUGCCCAAUGGACGGAAAACUACGAUGAUCCCGAACGACUGGCAAUGGCAUCCGAGUCCGUCUCCAAAGAAAACGUCGAACAAGCUUUGCAAUAUGCUGUGGAGGAUGAACUUGAAGCCCAAGAAGCCUACAAGAGUGGUCUCAAAGAUGAGGCUGGAAUUGAUGAGAUUGAGGAUUCCACUCGGACAAUGUCGACCUUAAUGGUCAGAAAGAAACAGUCUCGAAGAAGGAGAAGCAGUGCCCUCCACAAAAAAGAAAAAGAAGGACGGUCAGCAGCAGAUAAGGACGAGAAGAAUAAACGAAGAAAAAGCAAACGUAAAUCAGCCUCCAAAAAGAAGUCUGCCCAGUGA